AUGGCUGGGCUUCCGUUUCAGAAUUCUACUCCUGCCCUUGCCUUGUCAGGUUCCACACAAGGUGUCGAACCUACGAAGCCAGUUCAAGAGUCAAAGCCAAAGAAGAAGAUCUGCUGUGCUUGCCCAGAGACCAAGAGGCUGCGAGAUGACUGCAUGGUGGAGUACGGUGAGUCAGCUUGUGCAAAAUGGAUUGAGGCUCAUCGUUUGUGCCUUCGUGCUGAGGGAUUCAAUGUUUGA